AUGAAUAAAUGUUUAAGAAUAUUUAUUGGAAAAUAUUUUUAUUCCACUUUUAAAUAUAUUCCAAUGAUUUCUUUUAAUAAUACAUCCGUUACGGUGCUUGCUCCCACGGGUACAGGUACUGAGGGAACUGGACCUGAGGUUAGUAGUAAUAGUAUUACAGGUACUAAGGAUACUGGUACUGUUGGAGCAAGCACCGUUACUGAGGGAAAGAGAUCAAAGGAUAUAGUUAUAUUAGAUGAUUAUUAUAAAUCACCAUAUAAAUUAUGGUAUAGAAAUAUAAAAGAUGAUGAAAUUAAUAUUAUAAAUCAUGGAAUUAAUGAUUAA